CAUUUAAUGAUAUACCACAUGACAUUGAUUUGCAACGUAAGAUUUAUUAUAGUGGUUUGCGUCCAAGUAUUCCAAAAUAUGUGCCAAAAUUAGUUUUCAAAUUAAUUGUUAAAUGUUGGAAUGCACAGCCAGAUAAAAGGCCUACUGCUAAAGAAAUAUGUGAUACUAUAAAUUCAUGGAACAAUGAUAAGUCAAGUGAAAUAAUCGCACAAAUAAUGAAGGCUGAUGAAACUUUUGAAAAUCUUUUAAUAUCUGAUGCAUUGGAACCUUCUCACUUCAAAAUCAAUCCUGAAGCAAUUUAUAGAAGCAGAUUGUUUGAUUCUUUAUCAUCUACAAAUAUUACUGCUGAUCGUAACGGUAACCAAGGUGAACAAGAGAAUAACUCACUCCUAAUAAUGCAAGUUAUUGAAAAUGAUAAAGAUAGUGGGUUAAGUUAUGCUGAUGAAUGUUAUCUGAAUGAGACAGGAGAAGCAAAGAUCAAAUUAAAUAUAUGA